AUGAAACAAGCAUAUGAACACGAUACAAGCAGGCCCUUUGGUUGGAUUUGGAAACAGAAAUCUAGAUUGAAUUGGAAUCUUCAAGGGGACAAAAACACGAGAUUUUUUCAUAUUGUCGCGACCAGCAGACAGAACAAAAACUUGUUGAACUCAUUUGUUGUUGAUGGGGUGUUGUAUGAAGAUCCCUGUAGUGUUAAGCAGGAGGUGUUUAAUUACUUCAAGAAGAGAUUUUCAGAAGAGUGGACUUCAAGGCCUAAGCUUCAAGGCCUCUUCAGAACCAUUGGGAGUGAUGCUGUUUCAGAUGGGUUAAUUGCACCAUUCUCUGAGGAGGAGAUAUGGAGGGCUGUGAAGAUGAGUGAUGGCAAUAAGGCUCCAGGACCGGAUGGGUUUAACCUGUCUUGCUUUCAGAAGUGCUGGAAGGUAUUUAAAAAAGAAAUCUUGCAGUUCUUCAAGGAAUUUUAUGAUAAUGGGCGUUUAGCCAAAGGUAUUAAUAGUUCUUUCAUCACGUUAAUUCCUAAGAAAGAUUGUCCGGAGGGCAUCUCUGAUUAUAGACCAAUCAGCCUUAUUGGGUCUAUUUACAAGAUUUUGUCCAAGGUCCUAGCAGACAGAUUCAAAAAGGUACUUCCAAGGAUAGUUGGGGAAGCUCAAACAGCCUUUGUUGGUGGAAGGAAUAUUCUGGAUGGGGUGUUAAUAUCUAAUGAAAUUGUGGAUUGGUGGAAGAAGAAAAAGCAGAAGGGGUUGAUUUUGAAAUUGGAUUUUGAAAAAGCUUACGAUAAUAUAAAUUGGGAGUGUUUAUUAGCUAUGUUGUCCAGCCUUGGUUUUCAAAAUAAGUGGAUCGGGUGGAUAAAGGAAUGCUUGCAAUCAUCUAGAGUUUCAAUCCUUGUGAAUGGCUCACCCACGGCUGAAUUCUGUCCGGAAAAAGGACUCCGACAAGGGGAUCCAUUAUCGCCGUUUCUCUUUACAAUUGUGGCAGAAGGUCUUAAUAUGUUAUUUCAAAGGGCAAAAGAUUUGGGGAUUAUUAAAGGUGUGGUUAUUGGCAAUAGGAGGAUUAAUGUCACCCAUUUGCAAGUUGCGGAUGAUACUAUUGUGUUCUGCGAGGCUGAUGAGCGUGAAAUGUUGAAUAUAAAACAGGUUCUGAGAUGUUUUGAAGUGAUGUCUGGUUUACGAAUAAACUUCCAUAAGAGUAUGGUCUGUGGGGUGGGAGUUCAGGAGGAGGUGCUGGAGGGUAUCGCUGAGAAGCUGAACUGCCAGGGUCAAAAGCUACCUUUCACUUAUCUCGGGCUACCUCUUGGGGCCAGUCCAAAAAAGAAGCAGACUUGGUUGCCAGUAAUAAAUAAAUUCAAGUCUAGAUUAGCUUCUUGGAAGAGAAAGGUUCUAUCUUUUGGGGGGAGGUUAACUCUGAUCAAGUCAGUGUUAAAUUCACUACCAGUGUUUUAUUUAUCUGUAUUUAAAAUUCCAGUGGGUGUAGCGAAGUUGCUUGAUAAAAUCCAAGCCAGAUUCUUGUGGGGAGGCAAUGAAGUCAAAAAGAAGCUUCAUAUGGUAAAGUGGGAGGAGAUCACCAAAAAGAAAGGGUGCGGAGGUUUGGGCAUUAGAAGGCUGAGGGAUGUUAAUGAGUGUCUCUUAGCAAAAUGGUGGUGGAGAUAUGGUGGUGAAGAUCAAGCACUGUGGAAAGAGAUUAUCAACAGUAAAUAUAGUAGCUAUGGUGGAAGAUGGAGGCCUCUUCCGGUGGAAGGUGGUCAGUGCUCCAGAAUCUGGGGUGACAUUCUAAGUCUAGAACACAGCAGCCCCAAUCUCUUCAGUUACUUCAUGGAGAAUUCCGUUAUUAAAGUUGGGAAUGGGAGGAGAAUUAGUUUUUGGGAGGAUCAUUGGUCUUCGAAUUGCAGCCUGAGGAGUAUGUUUCCAAGACUUUUUGAUCUGUCAGUUAACAAAGAGUCCACUCUUAAACAGAUGAUUGACAGGAGAAAUAGUUCAGAUGGGUGGAGUUUUCUAUUCAGAAGAGUCCUGAGGGCUUGGGAGGAACAUGAAGUGGGUAGACUUAGAGCUUACCUAUCUACACAUGAGCCAGUUUUAGCAGCUAGAGUUGACUCCUGGGUUUGGAAAGCCUUAACCUCAGGUAUGUUUACUGUGAAAUCAUUAUAUAGCAGGCCUGAGGCAGCACUUGGGGUGGAGGUUGAUAGGUGGAUUUGGAAAAAUUUAUCUCCACCAAAAGUGCAGUUUUUUGGUUGGCUCGCUUGGAAGGGUAGAAUUAAGUCCAAAGCUUUCCUUCAACAUGUGGGGUGCCUUAAUCCGGAUACUACAACAGAGUGUGUGUUUUGUGGGUAUACUGUUGAAACGGAUUGUCAUGUGUUGGUUCAGUGCAUGUUUGUUUGGAAAAUUUGGUCCAGAAUUUUGUCCUGGUGGGGGAUGCAAUGGGUGAUUCCUAAGAAUGCUAGAGGGGUGCUGGAGUGGUGGAGUGGGUACAAGUGGGGUAAGCUUGAAACCAAGAUUUGGAAUGUAAUUCCAUUCGCUGUGUUAUGGUCUAUUUGGACUUUAAGGAAUGAGUGCAUUUUCAAGGGUAAACAGCCCUUCUUAGAGGAAGUCUGCGAUCUGAUCAAAACCAGAAUUGCUUUGUGGAUUAAAUAUAAUUCUAGGCUUUUGCAUUAUUCAGUCCAUGAUAUGGUUGAGAAUCUGGAGCAGGUUCGCAGGUGUGUAGGGGGGAUUGUUUGGCUUGCUGUGCUGCUGGAUCUGCUUCAGUACUCCUGUGAAGAUCAGAGGAGAUUCAUGGAGUGUCCAAGAAUCUGCUCUGGUUUGUUGCUGCUCAUGUCUUCUUUGCUUCAGUUGGCUGGUGCUGUUCUAUCUGGGCUUUUCCACAGUACUGCCAUGACAUUAGGCUGCUGUUUUGUUCUGAUAGCUUCAGUGUUGAGUCUGCUGCAAAUAUGGCAUGCUGGGGUCUGCUAUGGAGUGCUUGUGGUGUCUAACUGGGUGAAGGACUACAAUUCUGGCUUGAUCUUUGAGCUUGUGUGGGGUUUGGUGGAGCUUCUCAGUACUGGUACAGUGGCAUGGAGCUUACGGUGUAGGAGUUUGGUUGAGUUUCUCUUCUGA